CGCCGGCGCGCCUUAGUCCUCCGCCACUUUCUGUCGUUUCUGCUUGCCGAGUUUCUCAUGUGAGGAAGCCUCAGGUAAUUACAAUCUGUCAUCGGCCAACGCGGCCUUCCUUCCUGGUGCAGGCUGUCGCAGACGACGAGCUGGGGAGCGAGAAAAAGGCUCUGAAGGGAGCGCUUGGGGGUUUGGCAGUGGUUGAGGAGGAGCCGAACGGUGCGGCUUCCGUGAUCCCUGAGCUCAAGCGAAAGCUCAUCGAUCAAUUAUUCGGAACGGAUCGGGGAUUGAAAGCGACGAGCGAGACGAGGGCGGAGGUUAAUGAGAUCAUCUCACAGCUCGAGGCCAAGAAUCCUACUCCUGCUCCUACCGAAGCCCUAAGCUUGCUCAACGGCAAGUGGAUCCUCGCGUACACGUCCUUUGUGGGGCUUUUUCCGCUGCUGGGGGCGGGGAGCCUCACCCAGCUGGUGAAGGUGGAUGAGAUUUCUCAGACAAUCGAUUCGGAGGCGUUAACUGUUCAGAAUUCGGUGCGGUUCGUAGGGCCUUUUUCUACCACUUCAGUCAGCACGAAUGCAAAGUUCGAAGUACGAAGCCCUAAACGUGUGCAGAUAAAAUUUGAGGAAGGCAUCGUAGGCACACCCCAGCUGACAGACUCCAUUGUUAUACCCGAAAAGGUUGAGAUCUUUGGGCAGAACAUAGAUCUCUCCCCAUUUAAAGGCGUGAUUUCUUCCUUAAACAACACAGCGUCGUCUGUAGCCAAGACCAUCUCCAGCCAACCCCCCCUCAAAUUCCCCAUUUCUAACACCAACGCCCAGUCUUGGCUCCUCACCACCUACCUGGACGAUGAGCUCAGAAUCUCUAGGGGUGAUGGUGGCAGCGUCUAUGUGCUUGUUAAGGAAGGCAGCCCUCUCUUGGGUUGAGGAGUCCCGAUUUCUAUUGUGUGAAGUGUUAAAUUUAUGUUUUAGUCGGGAUAAACUUGCGCUUAUAUUAUGUUUUCUUUUUUAAUAUCAUGUGAUGCAAUAGUUUGUGCUUUUAUUGUUUUGGUUUGGCUGAUGGAAAUGCAAUUUCAGUUCAUGGAAAGUUGUCAUGUUGCAUAUGAAGUUUGAUGCAAAUGCAUGGGCUUCCAUGGCAUUGAAAUUGGACAACUUUUGUGUUAGGGUAUUA